AUGGAAGUGGCAGAUCAAUGGCGUCGCCAGUGGGCUGGAGCCGCCGAAUAUGGGAAGGUAACCGAAGGCGGUGUGACGCGACGGAUCGCCCGCGCUAUGGAAGUCCUACACGCCAGUGCUCCUGGUACACGGGUUCGAGUCAUGAGAGCCGCAUAUCACUCUUCAUCUGGUCACGGCGAGCCAGCUUCUUCUUACCUGAUGCAUUCAUCUAGACGGGUCAUAUCAUCAGGGUAUAACCUGCCAGAGCCCUCAUCGCUACCGUCGAAACCGUUAGAAGUAUCCUCAUUGCCACUAGAAUCUUCACCUGAUAUUGACAGUGAGAGAUUGAAUUACAAAGUGACCGAACCGGACGAUAUAGAAAUAUCGCAGCCGUCGAAAUGGAAAAAUGCAACGGGGAACAACAUUCGCAUGCCAAGCGAAGAGUCUUCGUCCGCUGAUAACGCGAGCAUCAUAGACCUUGAUUCGAGAAAUAGUAGCAGAAACACAUUUACAAGAAGUCGCGACAGUGAAAGUAACGAAGACACUAUAAGAAAUAUACAUUUGAGAAAUAAUCGGGUCUCGCCACUUUUAGACGCCCCGGUGACCUUAAGUACUUUGAAGUAUACUUCUCUCCUAAAUGGUAGUGACGAAUGGAAUAACAGACGAAAAAGUUACAGUUUCGAGGACACAUCUACCCUAAAUAAUAAUGGUAGUUUGCGAGACACGAGCCCUUUAGUUAUGGACUCUUCUACAGAUAGUGGAAUUUGCAAGUCAACCGAAUAUUUUACUGAUCACACUCUAGAUGGUCGAAUGAGGCGAUCGAGCAGGGAAAAGCUAUCAGAUUUACCAGAGGAGUCAUUUCAGGGCUGGUUAAGCAAAAAUAGGCCAAGCACAACCUUUAAACCGUCUCGUGUAAGCCCUCUUAAAGAUUUUAACGAGACGUAUCAAACUAGUGGAAGUAACAUAUCUCUUCAGUCGAAAGGAAAGGUUACCAUAACUUUACCUGUAAUGGUAGAAAAGGAUGAUUCCGAUCAAGAAUUAAACAAUGAAAAUGAUCGCAGAGCAAAAAAAGUCGGUUUUUGCAAAACUGAAUUACAUUUUGCAGCUGAAUCGGGAACUGUUAACAUAAUCGCUACUGAUGAGAAACCGCCACCCACACAUGAUUUCAGAAGAAAGAAAAGUGUAUUUUUGCCGUAUACUAGCAAAGUUGAUAAGUCAAUUACACUAUUUGGGGAAAGAAACUUUGAAUUGAAGCAUACGAUUGACGAACAUGCGACGUUAGAUGAGAAUACAGCAGCUACAAAAAGUAUUCUCAAGAACAGAAUUCCGAAACCCAAGCCAUAUCUUUUAGGAGAAAAUAUGACCUUUGGAAAUUCGGAAGAAACAUCAGAAUUAAAACAUGAGCCUGUUCCAACGGCUGUUAGUUUAAUAAACAGGCAAUUAGUAACGGAAAAUAACCAUUACCAUUAUAAAAAGAAUAACGAUGAAAAUUAUUAUAUUAAUAACGAUCUAAGGAAAGACAAUGCAGAUCCGAAAAAUCGUUACCACGAUAGUAAUGAAAAAUUUAUUGAUAUACUACAAAAGAAACAAACAAGCGAUAUUUCUCAAAGCAAUAAAAAUAAAUUAUCACCAACAUUAGGACAGUUAAAAACCCGCCAACUAAGAGAAAGCGAUCUUACAUACUUUGGUAUUGGAAAUUAUGAGAAACGACCAGAAGAAAUACAAACACUAGACAAUCUACAAGAAGAAAUACUCCAGUCUAUAAAAUUGGUACAAAAAGUUUCCAAUAGCGUUUGCAACAGUGAAGCUGAUUCAGAUGACAAUCAUGAUUAUCAAAACAUUUCCAACCAUAGCUAUCGUCCAGUCCCUAAGCCGAGAACAAAAUACAUCGACAUAAAUGAAAAAAAUCAAGUUAAGUCGCGUUUAGGACCAGUAUCAGAGAAAGAAAAAGAUAUUCCACAGACAACAAAUAAGAGAUAUCGAUCUAAACACGAAAGCAGAUCAACAUCCAGUGGAAGCAUAUCUGACCCACAAAGAAAAGAUGUACAAUACCUCCGAGAAAAUAAACGCGAAUCUUCGCCAAAACGAUUAAUUACAGCGAGGCUUGAACGAGAUCCAAAGGUGAAUGAAAAAGAGCGUAAUAAAAAAUCUUCCUCGAGUUUGAUACCAGGUGAAUCAAUGUACGUGAAUCUUACUGCAAAGAGAGAUAUACCUGUGAAAAAUGUCGAAACCAAUACCUUAGACCCCAAAAAAAGAAAAGAAAAGGAUGAAAAUGAUGUGAACCCGAAUGCAGAAACAGAGGAAAAGUCACACGAUCAGAAUUCUGCACAUAGGAGAACCUAUUUAGCGCAAUCUGCAGGAUCGCCUAAAGUUUCCAAUCAUCAUUCAGUCAACCGUGAUCGGAGCCCCAAAAAAUCUAAGGAAACAGACAGACCUGUGCGAACUUCAUCAAAAAGUAGAAAGAGUAAAUAUGUUAUCAAUUAUGAUGAUAAAAAUGGAACGGUAUCGUCUAUUUGUAAAGUGAAACCUCAAGAGAAAAGCGAAGUACGGAGAAAAGAACCAGCAGCACAGAAUAAAAAGAUCGCAACAGAGCGAAAUGCAAGGGUUGCGAAAAAAUCUGGCUUCCUUCGUACUCCGGAUCGGCAUUGGCUUAGCAACGGCAUAAAGCAAAAAUCGAAAACGCAUGUACAGAAAUCUUGCCAGUUGUUAUAA